AGCGUCGCGCCGCGCGCGCCGACCGCCUCCGCCGCCCGGCGCUCUUAUUUCGGCUGCGAGGGGCGAGCGCGCGCGUAAAGGCAUAGAGACGGGCGUUGAGCUAUCGGGCUAGAGCGUCGCCGAGUCGGAGCCGGAGCCCGAGCCGCGCGCUGUGUCUCCGCUGCGUCCGCCGAGGCCCCCGAGUGUCAGGGACAAAAGCCGCCACCGCGCCUCCUGCUCUCGUCGCCGGGGCUCAUCCGCUGCCACCGCCGCCCUGAGGAGAGUCUGCCGCCGUCUUCACCCGUGAGGAUCCGAGAGCCAUGUCGGCUAGCAGCCUCUUGGAGCAGAGACCAAAAGGUCAAGGAAACAAAGUACAAAAUGGAUCUGUACAUCAAAAGGAUGGAUUAAACGAUGAUGAUUUUGAACCUUACUUGAGUCCACAGGCAAGGCCCAAUAAUGCAUAUACUGCCAUGUCAGAUUCCUACUUACCCAGUUACUACAGUCCCUCCAUUGGCUUCUCCUAUUCUUUGGGUGAAGCUGCUUGGUCUACUGGGGGUGACACAGCCAUGCCCUAUCUAACUUCUUAUGGACAGCUGAGCAACGGAGAGCCUCACUUUCUACCAGAUGCAAUGUUUGGACAACCAGGAGCCCUGGGUAGCACUCCAUUUCUUGGUCAGCAUGGUUUUAAUUUCUUUCCCAGUGGGAUUGACUUCUCAGCUUGGGGAAAUAACAGUUCUCAGGGACAGUCUACUCAGAGCUCUGGAUAUAGUAGCAAUUAUGCUUAUGCACCUAGCUCCUUAGGUGGAGCCAUGAUUGAUGGACAGUCAGCUUUUGCCAGUGAGACCCUCAAUAAGGCUCCUGGCAUGAAUACUAUAGACCAAGGGAUGGCAGCACUGAAGUUGGGUAGCACAGAAGUGGCAAGCAAUGUUCCAAAAGUGGUAGGCUCUGCUGUUGGUAGUGGGUCCAUUACUAGUAACAUCGUGGCUUCCAAUAGUUUGCCUCCAGCUACCAUUGCUCCUCCAAAACCAGCAUCUUGGGCUGAUAUUGCUAGCAAGCCUGCAAAACAGCAACCCAAGUUGAAGACCAAGAAUGGCAUUGCAGGGUCAAGUCUUCCGCCACCCCCAAUAAAGCAUAACAUGGAUAUUGGAACUUGGGAUAACAAGGGUCCUGUGGCAAAAGCCCCCUCACAGGCUUUGGUUCAGAAUAUAGGUCAGCAGCCAACCCAAGGGUCUCCGCAGCCUGUAGGUCAGCAGGCUAACAAUAGCCCACCAGUGGCUCAGGCAUCAGUAGGGCAACAGACGCAGCCAUUGCCUCCACCUCCUCCACAGCCUGCUCAGCUCUCAGUGCAGCAGCAGGCAGCUCAGCCAACCCGCUGGGUAGCACCUCGGAACCGUGGCAGUGGGUUCGGUCAUAAUGGGGUGGAUGGCAAUGGAGUAGGACAGACUCAGGCUGGAUCUGGAUCUACUCCUUCAGAACCUCAUCCGGUGUUGGAGAAGCUGCGGUCCAUAAAUAACUAUAACCCUAAGGAUUUUGACUGGAAUCUGAAACAUGGCCGGGUUUUCAUCAUUAAGAGCUACUCUGAGGACGAUAUCCACCGCUCCAUUAAGUAUAAUAUCUGGUGCAGCACAGAGCACGGUAACAAGAGACUGGAUGCUGCUUACCGCUCCAUGAACGGGAAAGGCCCCGUUUACUUACUGUUCAGUGUCAACGGCAGUGGACACUUCUGUGGCGUCGCAGAAAUGAAAUCUGCUGUGGACUACAACACAUGUGCAGGUGUGUGGUCCCAGGACAAAUGGAAGGGUCGUUUUGAUGUCAGGUGGAUUUUUGUGAAGGACGUUCCAAAUAGCCAACUGCGACACAUUCGCCUAGAGAACAACGAGAAUAAACCAGUGACCAACUCCAGGGACACUCAGGAAGUGCCUCUGGAAAAAGCUAAGCAGGUGUUGAAAAUCAUAGCCAGCUACAAGCACACCACUUCCAUUUUUGAUGACUUCUCACACUAUGAGAAACGCCAAGAGGAAGAAGAAAGUGUUAAAAAGCUCUAUUUUUUCCCCCUCACCCUUUAACUUGGACAUUCAGUUCCUUGUUUACAAAUAUUGGCUCCAUUUUCAACUUCAGAAAAAACUUAAAAUAUCGAAGUUUUGGUGAUGCAGAAAUCAGAAAGGAAAAAGUGCUACAUGUAUUUUAUUAAAUCUUUAAGAAAUAAAUGGAAAAAAAAAAAGAAAUGACCAUGGAGUAUUGUUCUUUCUGUUUAAUAUUAUCCCACUCCUGUUCUUUUAAAUUGCUUCUUCAGAACUAGUGAGUGGGCGUCCUGUUUUAAUCAGGAUGGCAAACUUGAAUGUUUUAUAAAAUUCUAAGGCAUUCUAUAUUUUCUGUUUUGCAGAUAAAUUUACUUGUUUUUUGGCCAGUAGGAUUGAGGGAAUUCUAUUUGUAUUACUCACCUUCCUUGCUUUGUGGAUAGAUGAAAUGCCUCUCUGUAGCCUUCUUACAGGAGGACCAAAAGAGGAUAGGUAACACUGAAUUUGAAACUUUUUGAAGCAUGCUUUUUGUGUGUAUCCAUCUUUCAACAAAUGUGUUGUGUUAAUUGCUGGGAUAGAACAGAUAAACAAGGCACCAUUUUUGUCUUAGGACCAGACAGUGCUGUUAAUCAGACAACAAAAUGGAUAACGUAUGAGAUAAGAGCUGUAAUAGAGGGAUGAAGAAAUGUUUUGGCUUUCUGGAAAAGUGAUAAGUUUGGGGAAAUUAAGAAAGGCUUCAUAGAGGAAAUAGCAUUUGGUCUGUAUCAAAUAGAAGGAGUAAGGGGGUAGUAAGCACUCAAUGAUAGCACAGUGCUUGGCACUUGUUGCACAUAGAAGUGUAGCUUUCUCAUCUGGUGUAUCAUUAUUGUAUUUUAGAUGAGGAAGCAGGCUCAAAGAGGUUCUGUAUAAAGGUCUCAUAGGUACAAGUGGUGGAGUUGGUAUUUCAGUGUCCCAGUCCAAUAAUAUGCUUGAGCUUGCUCAUUGUGAGCCAGCUGUUUAGGUUUCAAGAAUUUUAGCAAGCUAGUUAAACACAAUCAUUAAAUUAUAUGAAUUUAAAAAUUAAAUACAUUGUAUUAAUAGGUGUUUUAGAUUUCUAUUUACAUUUAAUUACAUUAUAAACUACAGUUUGUAAUGUAAAUUAAACUACAUAAAUUUAGAGUACUGUUGUUAUUACCAUUAAACCAGAAUAUUUAAAUUAAUCAAUCUUAAAGUUAUUAUGUCUGUAUCAAUAUAAUACACUGCAAUUGCAUGUCUUCUUAGCCCUACAGAUAGUCCAUUUUUAGUUUGGGGUCAGCUAUGUUAUUGGCAAAUGCUGUAUACAAAUCAGGACUUUAUUUUUGUUGAUUGUCUAGACUUAAAAGUGAUAGAGAAAAUAUUAACGCAGAUUUGCUGUGAGGCAUUAGGGAUCAAACCCAUGUUCCCUGCAGUGAAAGUGCAGAGUCCUAACCACUGGACCACCAGGGAACUCCCUUAAUGCAGAUUAAACACACUUAUGUCUCUAUCCUAACAUAUUUUGAAUAACACAAAAUUUGAGGAAUUAGUCUUACACAAUUUGAAAAUCAUUAUCCAGUUUAGCAAGGAAGUUGUUCAAAUUGAUGAGCCAGUGAAGUCUUGACAUCCAUCUUCAUGUUGUGUUAAGUCAGUAUUUGUUAGGCACUUUCAUAGUUUUACUUUAAUCCCUGCACCAGCUCUCAGAGACAAAAUUUAUAGGUAGGAAAAUGGAAACUCAGGUUAGCAAUGUAACUAAAAUCUGUUAAAUGAAGAGAGGGGUAUAGGUGACUCAGAGCCCAAGUGAGAGUUUUUUACAAUAGUAGGGGGAAACACUGAGAGCCUGAAUCAAGAUAGUGGGAAUGGGGAAAUGUGAUAGAAACAUUUGCUGAUAGUUAUUUAAAAAAAAAAGCUUAGAAAAUCUGAUGAGCAGCAGGUUAGGGUUUGGAGAUAUGUUGGCUUUUGGAAAUAAUUAGGGGUACCUGUGGUACAAUCAGUUGAUGGUAGGAUCUUGGGCUCACAAGAGAGGAGUCUGUUGAUAGAAAUUUGGAAGUUUUCAGCCCUCAGUGUAGGUAAAGGCAUGGGUGAGUUUUAAGAUUCUUUAAGAAUAUUGGUAAUAAAAAUAAAGGCCGAAAUUGUAUCUUCUGUAGUGUCUAUAAUAUGCAGCUGUCCUGAGUACAUAUUUUUAUGUAUGUUUUCAUUUAGUUUUAUCAUUGUGGUGUAAGUACAACUUACCUCAGUUUUACAGAUGAAGACUCUAGAAAAUUCUAAAGAGUAAAUACCUCUGCAGUUACCCAAACUAAGAAAGCAGAGCUCAUGUUCUAUUUAUUGUGGUUCCAGAGCCAACGUGCAGUGAGAGAAGAGGGCCAAAGAAAGAACCCCCAGCAGUAACACAGUUUAAAGGAUGAAUUAAAGAGGGAGCAAGUGAGAAAGAUUGAGAGGGAGUAGUUUGAGUUUUAAAGAGAACCAGGAAAGGGCUAUAUCUUGAGUAGAAUUUCAGUGAGGUAUAAUCAACUUAUUCAGAGACUUCAGAGAGGUAGCAGAUGACUGCAAAUGCCAACAACUAUCUGAAUAAAAGUAACAUGAGAGUGCUUUGUUAAGGGUUUGAAGGUUUUGUCCUCCACACAUUAUUCAGCAGACUCUGCAUUUGUUGUUUCUGUAGUUUUCCAACCCUUCCCAACCUGCAAAGUUUUCCAAGCUGUCUAUUCCAACCAAGUCUUCUUUUUUUUUUUUUUCCAACCAAGUCUUAAAGAGAUUUAAUGAAGUAAGACCAGCUUCUGUUUAGCUAGUAUUGGCUAUUUUGGUGAAUUAGACUAUAUAACAAUUCCUGAAAUACAGUUGAGUAUUGAAAAUGUCAGUAUUCUGGUUUUUUUCUUUUUAAAAUUUAUUUAUGCACUGGGUCUUGGUUGCUUUGUGUGCUAGGCUCUUUCUAGUUGCGUUGGGCGGGGACUCCUCUAGUUGCGGUGCGAUG